CAAGCUGGACCCAAGCUCUGCAGCACUUCCCAUCACUCUCCUAGGAGAUGAGCCUCACCUCUCCCCCAUGCUCUGCCCAAGCAUUUUGUGGGUACAAAGAACCUGUUCUAAGAUGUCACAGGGUCAGAGUCCCUGAGGAUGCAUGAUGGAGCGGGCAGCCGGUGGCCAGUCUGAUCAGUUCUCUCGUUUUGUAGACUAACCACUGGGGCUGGGAUGUGUCUCAUGAGAAUGAGGGUAGGGCUAAGGCCAGAUCUGAAAUGGAAUCCCCUGUGCACUGUGCCAGGGUCCUGCAGUGGGGGAGGAGAGGCUGCAGAAGAGGGAAGAGUACUCUGGGGCUCGAGGCUUAAAUCCAGCCAAGACAAAAGCACUACAUCUUCUGUCUUCUGGACAAUCCAAGGUGCCUGAGGACUGUUUCCAAGGGAAAUCGAACUUGGGAGCUGAUGAAAUGGGGUGGAGGAGGAGCAAACACGGGGUGAGAAGGGGACGGAACAGGGGUGGACAAGGGGCAGGGCACAGCUCCCAGCUCAGCAGUGAGGAUGAUGAGGCCAAUUCAAUUCCUGCCUCUCUGAGCCCAAGGAGAAUAGGCUGGAGACAAUUGACCUGAUGAAUCAAGGGACCUGCCCUUCACCAGGAUGGACUCACUGGCUUCAUGGCAGCUACUGCUCUUCCUCUGUGUCACCUCCUUGGGAGAACCCCUGGCAAAGGUGGCACCUGUGGAGAAUCCUAGACCCACAGGCCAGCGGCUGGGAGCCCUGGCCCUCCUGGCACCCUGGGCACAGGGCCUGAUGUGUGUGGAGAGGAAGCCCGCGCCGGCCAGGCCGCGCCCUCGGAGGACCUCGCUGUGCCCACCCGGCGAGAGCGAGCGCUUCACGGAACCCACGGGGUCCAGCCUGUGCGCCCCACGCAAUCGCCUGAUCCCCGCACCGCGGGGCUCCGUGCUGGUGCAGAGGGAGAAGGACCUGUCCUCCUACAACUGGAACUCCUUCGGCCUGCGCUACGGCAAGCGGCGGGUAGCUGGCGGCGCUGGGCAGCAGCUGGAGUGCGGGCGCGUGGGGCUGAGCGUGCAGGCGCAGAGGCGGCCUUGAACUUCAGACCUGGGCCGGCGCCAGCUAGCGGGACUGAGGGGC